UUCGAGGUUUCCCGUACACUCUUCCCUUCUAUAUCACAACUCGUCUUCUAUCGACAUUCUGUAUAUUCUCAGCGCUAGUUAGUCGUGUAACCGUUUAUAUCCGCAUCCUGUUUUUUUUUGUUGUGUAGCCAGUGUCUAGCCACAAAAGACAGAGUCAUACACUUUGCUUUGGUCGCCCUGUUCUGCGAUUUUUUCAAUAUUCCCGCACGCAGAUUGCUAAAACCUAAUUUCUCGCACCCUUAGGAAAACGUUCGGCUAAAAACUCUACAGUUUCCAACGGCUUCCCUGUGAAGAUGCCAUAUCCUUUUGAAUGUUUUUCGGGCAUAAAACGCAGGUGUCCCGGCCAGUGGAACAUCAAUAAUGCUGUGAUGGUGAAUUUAGUCGGUGAUGAUUUCUACUUGGCCUAUCUACAAGACAUCGAUGGCGAUCUAGUCUUUGUGGAUUUCGAUUGUACCAAAAUCCCGCCUUGGUGGGUACCAGCCGAUCGAGUCUAUCGACAUAAUUUAUACGGGGAGCGGGCGAAAAAUGACUCAAAAGCGACCGAUGUUUUUGUGGCUCUGCGCGAAGAUGACAACGGUCCGUACAUAUUCCGUCCGGCCAAGCUAUUACGAGAUUCCACACUUCGCACAAACUACCUCUGCUGUGUUUCAAUAAAUAUUUCUCAGGAUCCAAAGAAUCCGUUUCGGGUGGUACAUCAGUGGCAACUUUCGAGCGUGCUGCCGAAUCAAUAUACAGACCGUCCAACAAAAAUCACGGAAGAUCAUGUCGAAAAGGUAGUCGUUCGUGUUGACAACAUGGGCUUCAUGAAACAUAUUGACGAGUACCACAUAACACAUCUUCUUGAUGUGGGAUUUCGUGAUGGGUUCAAUCCGAUCGGCUGGCGGGCCUUUGACGUCGCUCACAAGGACGAUCGGGAUCAGCUUUUCGUUCGGUUAACCGGAAGGACGUUGACGUUCAUAAUAAUGCAAGCACCGUGCUUACAUGUCUUCUGGAAUACGAGGGAUCCUGUUAUUCUUGCCUGCCAGAAGAGAAAAAAAUCUAGAAAGUUCUCGUACCAUAAUUGUACUUGCUGGAAAAAGGAAAUCGCUAAAGAUAUUUCGUUCGGAAUAAACAACUAUCUCCGACGGUACUGUUACCGACCGGAAAUUGGCAAUCCGUUUUCAUGCGAAAGCCUUAUAGAAGAAGUUCCAUCGCUUGGCAGUAUACCGUUUGAAGUUCAGUCCACCGUUUUGCAGUAUUUGGAUGUUCAUUCGCAGGCGGCAGCAAAACGAGUAUGCUCUCUGUGGAACGCCUUAGUGCCUGAUCCAGCAUCCGCUGCGACUGUCACGGUUGAUUUUUCCCGGAUCAGUGACACCUUGCCCGGAUUGUUGGAAACAGAGGGAUACCGUACUGCGCAUCUGUUACACCGCGUGGUCAGCCAGAAAACUAAAGGGUUAACGCUGCUGCACCUGGAUCACCGCACAGACUGUAUAACGGCGCUGGUUUCAUGCAUCAAAGAACUACUCGCUCUGAAACAAACAACGAUCUUUCUGAUCUCCGUCAGAUACUGCCGGAUGCCAUUUGAAAGCCGUCGAGUGGGUUGUAGCAACCCUGACGAGCCGAUUCACGGAAAAAUAUUGUUCCAACUGCUUCCCCUAAAACAGCUCUGUCGGCAUCUGCGGAUUCAGCACCUAGUUAUGGAUUUUUCCUUGUGUAAUAUACGACCACGUACAUUUUUUAUGAAAAAGAUCAGGGAUGAAUGUGAAAAAACUUGCAACCUGAUGAUCGUAAUUCCCGUAAUGGACGUCGAAAACGACGAUGAAAAUGCAAACGUUAAAUCCUUUAAGCGAGCACUGGAGGCAUGCUGUCCAACCGUUGACAAUGCCACCAAGAAACGUAUUAGAAAGCUGCAUACUCGCUGGCUGCGUACUAUCCCGUAUCCCAAUGAGCAGUGGACUGGUUUACGACGACUACUCGAACUUUUUGGAGUGCUGGAAUGGGGUAACACUGAUGAAACGGAAGCGUGGGAAAACUUGGACUUGCGCAACUUCGACAAUAUUCCCUUUGGUAAUCUUCAGUUGUCAAUUCUUGCCCAUUUCUACCUAAACUGACUACAGGCCAUGCGUUUCUUCGACGGCAGUGGGUCCCCUUCUUUUUUGGCAAGUGUUUUCUUAAGUUCUUUUUAAUAAAUGCUUAUUCUGAUGCUAUUUUUUUAUUUAAGCUUUGACGGCAUUAAUAUAAUUUUGGCCAUACCUAAAAUUACAUAUGAAAAUUGCUGGUUCAGUCCGAAAGAGCUGUUAUAAACGAAUUGAGAUGUUUUUGUACUUUGUAAAAUGAU